CUUUGGAUUUGUUCCACGUUUUUAAUGUGCGUUUAGCAGACGUGUUAAAUGAUGAGAAUUGUUUACAACUUGAUUGAAAAUGCAGCUGUCAUUCACACAUCGGUUUUUUGACAACAAAAUUUAAACCCUCAGUACAAAUGUAUAUGGUACGGCACGUAAGAUGUUUGCUGCUAAAAAGUUUUAGAGUGAAGGAUUUAUCAGUUUUGAAACGUUCAUUAAACAGUAGUGAGACAGCAACUGCCCUCCGACCUUUCUACUUUGCUGUUCAUCCAGAUCUGUUUGGAAGACAUCCAAAAGAAAGAUCUGUAAAUGAGCAUUCAUUGAAGAUACUUCAUGAGUAUGUAGCAGAGUUGAAGACCCAACAGUCAUACUCUACCAAACCAAUUGAUGUGAUCUUUUAUAUACGUGAUCCAAAUAACAAGAAAAGUUUCAAGGAUAUAAAAAUCUCUUUACAAUCACCUGACAUCCGGAAGACUGUGUCUACAAUAUUACAGGCAUGCGGUCUACCUCUAGACUAUAUUAACACAGUACCAGUCCAGCAGAAAUCAUCUUUUCAGCAGAGAACCAAACAAGGAGUGAAAUGGUAUACUUUCUAUGAUGGUGACUUAGGAAGCAGAUCUGAGGCAAAAUAUAAGGCCCCAGCGGAAAGAACUUUGAGGAAAUGGUUAGAGGAGAAUUAUGAUAGAGUUAAGAGAUACCAGGAGGCGAGUCUCGAGACACAGAUUGAGAUAGACAGUUUAUGUGAGAAGAUUGUAAGAAGGGUAGGGGUGGAGUCGGUCCGCUGGGAGAAUAUAUGGGGUAACAGGCAUUAUAUAGCAUGUCUCAGAACAUUCAACCAGCUGUCCGAGGGUCAGCCUGAGAGAAUGAGGAAUACAUUACAAGAUAGAACCCUUGUGUUUGGUAAUGAGACAGGAGUUAACUUACAUGGAGAAAUUGUACUGGGAAGUGAAGAUGUUGUCACUGAAUGGAUCAAUCUGCUAAAGUCAGUGCAUGCCUAUGAUCCUAUGAUAGAAAGGCUGCCAUUGAUGGAGAAAGAACUUUCGGGACUUCUUAACAAUAUGCAGAUAAUGAGGCGACAGAAACGAGAAUUUGUUAUGGCCCAGAAUUACGAGGUCUUAUUAAACAAAAUGUUGAAUUCUCUCCGUCGCUGUCAACAACUGGUUGUGAGGGGACUAGGAGACCAAGAUCUGUCCCAUCUUAAUCUUGUUGUAGAAUGUGAGUCUGGACCUCUAGCCUUGUCAAACUGUGGACAGUUUUUGAUACCAGCUUCUAUACCAGGAACUAUCAUGCUCCAGUUUAUUGUUGAAAACAUUGAUAGGGCAGCUACUUUCAUCAUUGAUGCAAAAUUGCAUACAUUUUACAUGGAUCAAGUCCUCAAUCAGUGCAAUGAUGUUUUAAAUGUAUCCUGUAUACAACGAGAUGAUGCCAUAACCCCACAACAGAUGACUACAUGUUGUCAACGGUUACUAGAUAAUCGACAUAUAAUAAACAAUCUCUUACAAGGGUCGAGACUGAAGGUUUCCACGUAUUAUACAGUGAUGAAAGACGGUGAAAUAACCAUCCCCUGGAAUUGGAUAUAAGAAUGAAUAAACUUGAAUGUUAAAGGGACUCCACUGAG